AUGAGAAAGACAGGUCUGUGGACUGUCACCUGGACCUUGCCUAACACUUCCGAGUCCUACAGCCCGAGUUCGGAUCCCGCCCGGGGAUUGGGGAGUAGUGAGGUCCCCGGCCGGACUUGGAAUGUCCCUGACGUCAUACCAACUCCCGCGCCCAUCGAACGCCUCCUCCAUGGAGCCUUGCUUACCAAGAGCUUUGCGGAUGACCAGCGAUACUUUUCCGGCACGGUCCUGAGCCCCACCAGCUCACCACCCCUUCACCGCCGUCUCCCCGGUAACACCAGCCCCGGGCCAGCUGAGACAGUGACCACGGCCGCCGUCACCCCAGCCCCCGAGAAGUCCAGACAGCCCGUCUCCCCCGCCGCCCGGGGUCAGGGGUCGCCGGGCAGCCCAGAGGCCACGCCCCCCGCCGAGCUGGACGAGGAGACCACCACGACGCUCAUCACCACGACAACCGUCACCACGGUGCAGACUCCAGUUUUCUGUAAUUUGAAUAUGAUUGAAGUGGAUGGUCUGAUCGAGUCUUUGGAAUAUUCCGGAUCCCCCUUCUACUCUGGCCUGGACUGUACCUACAUUAUCUCUGUUUACACAGGUUACGCUGUGGAGCUUCAGGUAAAGACUCUGAAUCUCCUGGAAGGGGAGCUCCUGACUGUCGAGGGUCUGCAGGGAGAUGAGCCGCUAAUCCUCGCCAAUGAGGCUCUGAUGUCUGAGGGUCAGGUCAUCCGUAGUCAGACACGACAAAUCCUCAUCCACUUUCAGAGCUCUCAGUCUGCCUACACUGGGAUCUUCCGAUUCCACUGCCAAGCGUACCUGUUGAGCUGUGGAUUCCCGGUGAGACCCCCUUACGGUGACGUGUGGGUCAGCGACCUGUACCCCGGCGGAAGAGCCGAGUUCCGCUGCGACCCAGGCUUCGAGCUCCAGGGGACGGCCUCCCUCACCUGCCUGAACCUCACCACCCCUCAGUGGAGCAGCUCAGCCCCACAGUGUACAGCAGUGUGUGGUGCGACCAUUCCCAAUGCUACAGUGGGACACAUUCUCUCUCCGGACUACAGCAGGAACCACGGCAGUAACCUGACCUGCCAUUGGCUGAUCGAGGCCCCCAAUGGCCAGCGGCUACACUUGCACUUCGAGAGGCUCUCAUUGGAUGAGGACAAUGACAGGCUCAUUAUCCGAAGUGGGAACUUCCCCGGGGCCCCCAUCGCCUUCCAUUCGGACAUUGACGAUGUGCCGGAGAGAGGGGUGGUCAGCGAUUCCCAGGACCUCUUCAUCGAGCUAGUGUCCGAGAAUUCCGGAGUCCCUCUGGUGUUGGCCCUGCGAUAUGAAGCUUUCGAAACAGAUCACUGUUAUGAGCCGUUCCUCGUGCAUGGGAACUUCAGUAGCAGUGACGCCACCUACUCUGUGGGCACCAGGGUGGUAUUUUCCUGCAACCCUGGCUAUGCACUCGAGCAGGGGUCAGCGAUGAUCGAAUGUGUGGACUUGGAGGAGCCCCAUUGGAACCAGACCGAGCCAGUGUGUCGAGCGACCUGUGGAGGGGACAUGUCCGAAUCAUCCGGAGUUAUCUUCUCGCCCGAAUGGCCCGAGGUGUAUGGGAGGAAUCAGGACUGUGUCUGGUGUCUCCACGUUCCAGUAGACAAGAGGAUCCUCAUCGAGAUCGAGAUACUCAACAUCCGGAGGAACGACAUUCUCUCCAUCUUUGACGGUCCGAACCUGAACUCUCGGAUCCUUGGGCAGUACAUGGGGUCCCAGAAGCAUUUCAGACUCUUCUCCACCUCCUCGGACAUCACCAUCCAGUUCCAGUCGGAUGUCAGUGACCCCGUCUCGGGCGAGAACCACGGCUUCAUCAUCCACUUCACAGAAACUCUCCGGAACGACACCUGCCCGAGCCUGGGAGCCAUUGAGAAUGGCUGGAGGACGGUGUCCCACUCCAAUCUGAUCCGGGGCACAGUGGUGACCUAUCAGUGUGAGCCGGGCUAUGACAUUGUGGGCUCUGAAAUCCUCAUGUGCCAAUGGGACCUGUCGUGGAGCAACCCGCCCCCUAGCUGCAGGAAAACGCUCUUCUGUCCAGACCCUGGAGAGGUGAGGAACGGACUGCGCCUGACGCCUGGGGUCCGGUUCCCAGUGGGCUCCCGGGUGCAGUAUGUGUGUGAGGAGGGUCACUCGAUGGAGGGGAAUGGGACCCUCGUUUGCUCCAGUCGCAACUCACUCAGCCCCAAAUGGAGUGAAUGGCCCCCCAAAUGUGUCUGUAGAUUCCAAGGGAAAUCCUUCUUCAGACUGCCCCUCUCCAACUCCCACUCCUACAGUCCCAUCACCGUGGAAUCCGAUUUUAACAACCCUCUGUACGAGGCAGGGGACACACGGGAAUACGAAGUUUCAAUCUAA